UAUGUGGUCCAGGCUGACCUCUAACUAACAGAGAUCCUACUGCCUCAGCCUCUCCAGUGCACUACCAUGCCUGGCUGCGCUUUUGGAACUCUGUGGUUUAAAAAUGGUUUCAUUUUUGUUCCAGGAGUUCAUCUCAAUAGCAUCCUCCACAAUGAAAGCAUCUUCUUUGAAUAUUUAUCUGGAAAACCAGUGCUCUGCUAAGAGCAUGGAGUUAGCGGCUCCAGCAACUUGAAGCUUGGGAGUGGCCACAGGAGGCAGCAUUUCCAGGUGACUGCAGGUGGGUACCAGGGCCUGCCCUGGGGGCGGGGGCUGUGUCACUGCUGUGAGAGGGGGAAGCUGCACAGUGCACGCUCGCUGAGCUGCAGCGGCAGAAGGGACGGCACCGCGGGGAGAACAGCCGUGCAGAACAGCCGGCUGGAGGAAAGCACGUGGCCCAGCUCGUGCCCCGGGAGAGACAGGCGGGACUGGGAGCGAGCCGUGGAGCUGGGCUCCAGGGGGCAGGAUGCGCCCCACGUGGCGAGCGGGCCGCUUCCCUCUCAGGCGGCCCCGUGUGUGGCGCUCAGGGGCUGCGUGGCCGGCCGCUUUACUGAAGCGCAGGCGGACCUGCAAACCAGCACAAGGCCACGGGCAAACGUCGCGGUCCCCACUGGAAGAGGGCAGAGACGGCCGCCGCGGGAGUGACCACAAGAAGCUCCGGACAGCGAGCAGGGGCACAGCAGCCGAUAGCGCGGGCCUCCCGCUCCUCCCUCCCUCCACCUCGGCCCCCAGCGCCAGCGGCCGUGCCAAGCCGGCCCGCGCCCGCCCCACGGGAGGGACCCCCACACGCCGCCUGGCGGCCCUCUGCGCAAGCCACUGUGACUCGGGAGGGCGGGAGCCGCCUGCCUGGGCACUGACUGCGCGGGCACGGCUCCCGGCGGCCGGGGCUCCCCGCGAGGACCUGGGCUGCAGGCGUGGCCCCGCAGUCAUCCUUUUCCUCGUACUUGGAUCUGGCGAGGCCACUCCCUGCCCCGCCCGGCCCGUCACCCUCGCAUCAGCGGCCAGCGGCUUAUCUGUUCCUCGUUCAGGGAGAGGGCACAGCAGCGCCCAAGGGCGGCCCGAAAAGCCGCCUCACCCGCCUGACUGCGCUAGCGGCCGUCGCCCUGCAUCACGCUUUCCUCGGUGCAGGCCGCAGGGGUUUCCCAGCCCCGCAGGCCGGUUCCCGUUCCUCUGGCUGAUGCUGCGUCUACCGUGGCAGGGGAGAUGGCAGAGGCGCCGCGCCCCGAG